AUGGAGGGGAGAGAUCUUUGCGCCGUACAACGUAACUCGUCGCGCAACUUCCUAUUGGCAAUAGGAAAAGUCUAUCACAGUCAAUGUGAUGCUGAUUCAAAACACUUUACGUUGACACCAAUAACUAUUCAUGUGGCUGGUCAAUGUUUAAUUUCGACAGGUCAUUACAAAAGGGUGUAUGAUACUAAAGUGCUAUAUCCAUUCACUCGUCCAUUAGUGGAACGUUCAUCUGAUGACUUCAAACGUUUUGCAUUAGAGGAUAGUCCGCAAGAUGAUUGUUUCGACCAUUAUGGGAUGUCUGUUAUAUCGGAAUUAUACGACCACGAUCUACCCUCUGCAAUUAUGAUAGACUAUUUACAUACGUCGUUAUUAAGACAGACAAAGACUAUCAUCACACAUUUACGAGAGCUGUUAUCGAUCAGUGAACUAGAGCGAUUAGAUAAACUGUUAAAACAUCAAUUGUUUCUCCAUACUUUUAACCGUAGACUACCAUCAUGUCUAAAUUUAGCCUAUGUGAAAGGAAGUGAAUUAAGAAAUUUGUUGCUGUAUGCUAUGAUACCAAGAUUAAUUGAUUUUUUUGAAAUAGAACUUGUCUCAUUUUUGUAUCUUUUCGUUUGUGGUGUUCGACUACUUCACGGAUCGCCCGGUGUAGCCGUCGAUCAAUGUGUUCGACAACAACUAUCAUCACAGCUCUUCGACAACUAUCAAAGUGAGUGCGGCUAUAAACGCUUUACUCUAAACAGUUCUUACAGGUGAAAAACGGAACGGUGGCUAAUUUAACUGGAAAAGUUGUGGAUCCAGAAACCAGACACGGGCUAGAUAAUUCAUCAGCUAAUUCGUACCUAUAAACGGAACUAAAUUAAGUCAUCUAAGGUAGUUUGAUCCUAGGAAGCUGGCUCUGGGGCGAGAAGUCCUCUUUUAAGGGUAUCCUCCCUCUUUUUUGAGUCGGCGAUUAUAUUGCACUUGUAAAUGGGAUUGGGCUGAAACUUUUACCAGCUAUUGGUUUUAUCUAUACCUCCACACUAUUUUGGAAUUUUUGAGUUUUGGACAAGUUUUUCGAGGGUUUUCUAGAAAAUCUCAGUUCGAUCAAACGAAAUUUCGUGGGGCUCGUAAUGUACCGGGGUUGCGAUUCAUCGUUCACGCUUGUUUACGUAGAAAAGCUAUGAAUCGGUCAGAAUUGGACCAGGAACGCCGGGAACCAUCGCAGUUUAUAGACAACAAUUUUCUGUAGAAAACUGUCGGCUCAUACAAAUUUUUCCGUUCUGUUAGAAUGAAAAAAAUUUUAAAAGUGAAGUUUUUUUAUUUUUUUGCACAUCAAGCGAAAAUUUUAAAAGACUCAUAACUCCGUAAUGGAGGGUCGUAGAGGCUUGGGAGAGGUCUCAUUUUGUAGAGCAUCGUGCAAUCUAUACGACUAUGCUCUCUUCUUAAAAUCGAAUUUUUUUAUCAAAAAAGAGCGGUGGGGUACCCUUAAUCCAGUUGCUUUGCUUUAUUUGGCUGAAGAUAUGAAUAUGGCUGCGUUAAACUGAUCAUGUCGAAAAAAAUCUCAAAAAUUCUUAAAACUGUCAAAGUUUUCGUAAUAUUUUGGACGUUUUUAAGAAUUCCUGCAGAGCCGGACAAGUCACGGGUUUUCCAAGUCAAGUCAAGUCGCAAGUCAUGACUUGGAAUUUUUAUUUUCCGUAAAAAAAUGCCCACAGCGAAGCUGGGCAGGUUACAAAUCUUCUACGAGCUUCGACAUUUUGUUUAGAUACGAUGUUUGUUUUUCGUAUUUCCAGAAAAGAUGUAUUUCAAAAGAUAAUCAUAAAAAAAGGCAAUGCUCUAAUGAGUCUAACAUAGUUCAAAAACAAAUCACAUGUAAAUAAUACACACGUAGCACGAGCACUUACGGGGAACCUUUCGAGGUGUAACCUUUCGAUUCCAAUGAUUUGUACAUGGAUCGAUAGAUCUCAGUGAGGUAGUAAAUGCCCUAAAACGAUUCGUGCCGAUGACUCUUAAAGACCCGGUUUUCUGGAAAACCAGUUUUUCAGAAACUCUGAAAAAUAACUCACGAGGGAACUUCCCCAACUGAUUCCUCGCUUUUGACUCCGUCUUUUGGCCAUAAGUAGAUCUUGAUGAGACUAAGAAAACUCUAAAACCGUUUGUGCUUAUGGCCCUUCGUUUCCGAGAUAU